AUGCUUCCCAAACUACUUCUCUUCUCGAUAAUUUUUGAGUUAGCCAACGCCGCUUGUCUAGACGGUGACCGAGGAAUCGCAGGACAAUGCUUUACGUAUGUGGCUCAACGGAUGACGUAAGAGGAUGCUCGGAAUUGGUGUCAUCACCAGAAUCCAGUAGGUCCUUCCUACUUGGCAUAUCUUCCGAAUUUUGAGACAAACAACUGCGUGGCAUUCGAUGCCCAUGAUUCAUUAGGCGAUGCUGAUUUUUUCUGGAUUGGUCUAAGCAGAAAUGCCUCAACUCGUGCUUUAUCUUGGGAUAACGGACUUCCAGUUGUCUACACCAACUUGGGGUAUAAAUUUGAUAAAAGAUAUUUCACUGAGCGCAUCUCCGACACAAGAUGGGAAACUCUGGGCGAUGAAGAUAAGAAUUGCUUUGUGUGCAGUUAUGAUCCGGCGAUGGUGACAGCGACGACGAUGAAAACGACAACUAUCUCAGCAACACCGGAUGGAUGCCGACCUGAUGAUCAGCUGAACUUCAUGUUUGCUUAUUCGAACGACCUGGAUCCGAUGGUGGUGACAAAAUCAUUAGAGAACCUUAAUCUUUUGCCUAAACCCACCAAUUUUGCAAUUUCGAGAUUUGAUUUACGCCAGCCAGAAGAUUUUGGAUAUUUGAGGAAUUUCAGCCAAGCAAUUACAUAUGUUCAUUCUCAUCUACCAGAUCCUUCAUUAGGAUAUGGUGAUACAACGACGGGAAGUGAUGUGUUGGAUGUUAUUAAUAAGUUCUACGACAACACGCGAAUAGUUCCCUGUGUAUCAAUUGUCCAAGUUUUAACAAAACGUUACCCUAAUCCAAUGGAUAUUUCGAAUCUUGUCGCGAAAGUUCGAAGAUACCAUGGAAUGGUCAACUUCCUUGCUUCCAAUGUAUCAUCCGGUGGUUCUGAGUCUCAAGUGCUUUUUGAUCUGUCAUCAAGGACAAAUGGAGUAUACAAUAUUGUACCUGAUGAAUACUUUGCCAUGAGGAUUAUGUGGAUGCCAAACCACCAUAGAUAUCCAUUCUAUGCAGUCAAUCCUAGAGUAUCCGGACAAGGAUCUCAAAUACUUCCUCCAAUGCCCAUUUCAGUCUCUAAUCCCUGCACGGUGACAGUUACUCUACAAAGCCAUGUGCCGGCUAGUAACUUCAAAUCUGCAAUUCUCAAAUGGUAUAAUCAACCUUCCAACAGCUCUGGCAUUUUUGCUAUUCACCCCGGGUCCUUUACCACUAAUAGCGAAGCUGUGUGGCGAAGUGUUGAAGCUGUUGUCUAUAAUGUGACCAUCAAUUACGACUAUACUAAUACUGAUGUCGAAACUAUGCAAAUUCGAUUUUACUGUCUACAGUAA